AUGGCGGCGUCAGACUAAGGAGCAGCCAGAGUCGCUUUGGGAAAGUAGGGAAUCGAGGGAGAGAGAUUAAAAGGAGCAAGGGAGACGCGGAAGGGAAAAAAAGAAAAACGCUUCCCUCAACGAAUGACGAGUCACUGGCGUUCAGCCAAUCAGCGCGAGUCUCCCGUGAUACCCUCCCGCGCACCGUCACUCGCCCCCGCCGCCCCCCUUUCCUCGCCAUCGCGGUAGAUCGGCGAAAUACUUUCAGCAACAGGCGACUUUCACCCCAAGCUCGGGCUCGUCGGCACUGGGACGUUGUUCUGUCAGUUUCGGUUUUGCGUGGUCGCGUUUGCCAAUAAUAAAAACACACGUACUGUCGAGCGGGGAAGGCACCUUCGGUUUGUUUUAUUUAUUGCUUUCUCGUUCUAAAGGAACAGCUAAUGCCGUUGGCAAAACGCGUGGGCUGUGUGCUCGUCUAAGGAACAGCCGCAUAGGGGAAGGAAAAAAGAAAAAGGCCGUCAGCUCUUCUCACAAACUGAGGUGCCAACCACCACUUCGCUUCGGCCGCAAGCUUUGAACAGUUCAGUCGGUGACCGUUCCAUUCAUCGAACAGUCGCUGCGGCCUUUGCCAACUUCUGCCUGCUCGGACCAGCGCCACCGGUACAAGACAUUUGCCAACGGCACCAGCGCUCAACCAUCCCUGUCGCUAUGAGGAACGUCCGCGGGUCACUUCCGGUUCCUGUCGUGGCCUUGUGCUGGCUGCUGGUGGCGAGCUCCGUCGCGUCGACCAAGCGCCAUGACGACGAAGACGAGCUGUCGUCGGUGGUGGUGAGCGGCGGCGGCCCAGUCGUCGUGGGCGGCGGAGGGGGGGACGCGGUGGACACGCUGACCACCAUCGAAUGCCACCGACGCGAAUACUCGUUCCGAGCCACGCGCACCGACGCCAACGGGAACCGCUGUUGGGAUGACGUCACCGCCAUGUCCUGCUGGGGGCGCUGCGACUCCGGAGAGAUUGCCGACUGGCGGUUCCCGUUCAAGAAAUCCUUCCAUCCUGUCUGCACGUACGGCUCGCGCAAGCUGGUGCGCACGCAGCUGCGCUUCUGCGAUCCCGACGACCUGGACGAGAGGGACGAGUUGCGCGUGUACGAGUACUACGAGGCACUCAGCUGCUCGUGCCAGGUGUGCGACUCCACCUGGACCAGCUGCGAGGGCUUCAGGCAUCCCUAGACUCUACCGGCGGCCCAGGAAGAACGGCAGCAGCCUUCCACCACGGGCCCCAAGGCACACUGGGGCCCGGGACUGCGUGGGACUCUGCAGGGCAAGACGCUGCUGCCGUUCUGAGAAAUCAUGUCGUCACCCCUCGCCACGCCCGGAGAGAGACGGACUGAAAGAGCUCACGUAAUGCGGGGAAAGAAAAAGAAAAUCGCGACGAGGAACCUGCAUUCUUGACCGAUCACUUUCGGGGACACGAGCACUCGUGGCAAGAUUUCGUCUGCAUCAGUUGUCUAUAAGUGCUCCUCGCACCAUGACCAAGAUCGCAGUGCAGGCGGCGCGUGUCUCUCGUGCUGGCCUUGCGCCCCACCGUAACUGAACGGGAAGUAGGCAAAAACAAAUCGAAGAAGAAAGCUAGCUAUCAACACUGUCUAAAACGCGCUUAAAGCAUGCGUACGCAAUCUUGGCCCCAGUUAACAUACGCUGGUGCGGCCAACAUAUAACAUACGGGUUUGGCGACGUCACAGCUGAUGGCGAGCGAACACUGGCGGAAAGCAGGCGAUAAGGAUGCUUGCCUGCAUAUACCAGUGACCCCCUUGAACAUUCUGGUAAGAUGCAGUAUCGUAAGACAAGUCCCUCAGGCAUUUCGACAACGCCUCUAUUACUCCCCACGGGAGAGCAGAAAAGUGGACAAAGUCCAUUCUCUCGCUGCCAACACCGCCUAUAAGCAUAUUAUGGGUCGUAUUGUAAAAUAUUCAAAGGUUCUUGCGUGUAUCGUGACACGCUCCAUUUCACCAGAGUGUUCCAUUUGGUCUCUAUUGUAUGCAACCACGAGUCAAUUUCGACAGCUAGCUUUGUUCGUCAGAUAUGAUCUUCGCCCAUUUCCGAUUAAGUUACGGUGGGCGCGGGGCAGCCGCCGAGAGAUGUCGCGACGUGCAGGUGUCCCGAAAUCCCAGUACUGAGGACGAAGCACGCUGCAUCGGCACGGGAACGCUGUCACCGGUAGAAUCCGCAUCAUAGAAGCACACGUGAUCUAGCCAGAGCGUCCCCGAAAGCGACCGAUUUGUUCCCUUGGAUGUCUUCUUGGGUGGGUACCAAUGCACCGGGCACACGGCGUGGAGAAGCCAAACGCAGUGUCUGUAUUAGUUUAGAGCGAGAAACGUGCUGUCUUCUCUUCUUCGGCGUCCUUGUUUUUAGCGCAGUUAAAACCAUUACAGAAUGAACGUAGUCUAACUUGAUGAAAACUGAUUUCGUGGGUAUUGAAACAUCAAACUUCUUUACAUUGGUGGCGAAUUUUUCAAGCCAUGUAAACAAGAAUGUUAUUGUAUAUUCUUACAAAAGCAGUGAAAUAUAAUUUGAGACUUGUUUCAUUAUUUUAUUACUUUGGACUGUAGUUCUUCAGAAUAUAUUUGACAAUGGAGGACUGUUUACAGGCCUGCGCGGUUCGACAACUCUUGCACAUCACAAACGUGAGGAGUCAAGUUGAAUGACGCCUGGCCCACGUCAAUGAGCAUUGGACACUAUUCUUGAUCAACGGCUGUCGUUGGCUUACACCUUCACCCCUGCGCAGGACCUCUAGUUGAGAGCCUACAUUUCUACAGUAUUAGAU